UCUUAAAUCUUGUUUAUUAAGAAAAGAAAGAAAAAAAAAUGUCCAUUUUUAGUCAGACUCAAGUCCCCACACUAGUUGGUUACAUUUGUGGCAGGCAGGUAGGCUGAAUUUUGUGAAGAAGAAGAGUUACGUUUUUGAUAGAUUAAACGGAAAUGAGUGGAGGCGGAGAAGGAGACACAUUGGAAUUUACCCCUACUUGGGUGGUCGCCGCCGUCUGCACCGUCAUCGUUGCCAUUUCUCUAGCCGCUGAGCGACUCAUCCAUUAUACUGGAAAGUAUCUGAAGAAGAAGAAUCAGAAGCCUUUAUAUGAAGCGCUACAGAAAGUUAAAGAAGAGUUGAUGCUUUUGGGGUUUAUAUCCCUUUUACUGACGGUGCUUCAAAGUAGCAUAGUCAAGAUUUGUGUGCCUAAAGAUGUGGUCAUGCACUUACUACCAUGUUCAUUAUCGGAUGCCCCUUCUCAUGAAUCACAACAUCAUCGGCGGCUGUUAGUUGAAGAAGAAGAAGCUGCUGCUGCUGGCUAUUGCACUGCAAAACAUAAGGUCCCAUUACUCUCUCUUGAAGCGUUGCAUCACCUUCACAUUUUCAUCUUUGUCCUUGCAAUUGUUCAUGUGACUUUCUCUCUUCUGACAGUUGUAUUUGGAGGAGCCAAGAUACGUCAAUGGAAGCACUGGGAGGACAGUAUUGCAAAAGCUAAUUAUGAGACUGCACAUGUUUUAAAACCACGGGUUACACAUGUCCAGCAACACGAUUUCAUCAGGGACCGAUUUGUGGGUAUGGGCAAACGCUCAGCCAUUUUUGGUUGGAUGCACUCUUUCUUUAAGCAGUUUUAUGGUUCUGUCAGCAAGUCAGAUUAUGCUGCUCUGCGUUUGGGGUUCAUUAUGACACAUUGCAAGCAAAACCCAAAAUUUAAUUUUCACAAGUACAUGAUUCGUGCUCUGGAAGAUGAUUUUAAGACUGUCGUCGGUAUCAGUUGGUAUCUCUGGGUAUUUGUUGUCAUCUUCUUGUUUCUGAAUGUUAAUGGUUGGCAUACAUACUUCUGGAUUGCAUUCAUUCCUUUUGUUCUUCUGAUUGCGGUUGGCACAAAGUUGGAGCAUGUAAUUAUUCAGUUAGCUCAUGAGGUAGCAGAGAAACAUGUCGCGAUAGAAGGUGAAUUGGUGGUCCAACCUUCUGAUGAUCACUUCUGGUUCAAGCGCCCUCAAAUUGUCCUCAUCUUGAUACACUUUAUCCUCUUCCAAAAUGCUUUUGAGAUAGCAUUCUUUUUCUGGAUAUUGGUGCAAUAUGGCUUUAAUUCCUGCAUAAUGGGACAAGUUGGUUUCAUUGUUCCACGACUUGUUAUAGGGGUAAUAAUUCAAGUGUUAUGCAGCUAUAGCACGUUGCCACUUUAUGCUCUUGUUACACAGAUGGGUACCCAUUUCAAGAAGUCAAUAUUUGAUGAGCACAUUCAAGUUGGUCUUCUUGGUUGGGCUUCGAAAGCGAAAAUGAAGAGGGGACUCAAGGCUGCUACAGAUGCUGGAACUUCAAUUGAGGGUUCUACAGUAAGAUUACAGAUGUCAGGAAUCAACCAAAAGGAAACAACCCCUACCUAAUGGAUCUUAAUUUGGAACACAAUUAUAAUCAACUAGUCCUGUCCUAAUUAAAAUCUUAUUAAAUUUAUAAAAUAUUUUUUUCAAGUAUUCGAAUAGGGAUAUUCAAUGUAAGACCUACCAACUUCUCUUCGUAUUUUAGCAAACAUCUGCUAUGCAUUUACUAUACAUAAUAUAUUUUUACUUCUUUGCUAUACAAAAUCAUACUUCAAAAGAA